AUGAACUUAUGUUCUGAUAGAAUUAAAGAAUAUUUUAAGUUCAGAAAAUAUUACUCUAGACCUUAGACUUGCUUACUUUAACAAAUUAAUGAUGGAAAAUGUAGUAUUGAUGAAGAUACUUAUCUUAUCUUAUAUGUAAAUAUUAUCUUAAAUAAUUAACUAGUUAAGUAUGUCGGUGUUGUUAAUUUUGAAUAUGUCUCCAGCAUUAAUACCAUAAGCUCAAUAUGGAUGUGACUAUUACUCAUGGUUAGAGAUGUAAAACUAUAUAAAAUCUUUUAAGGGGCAAAGACAACACAUUAACUUACUACUUAAAUGACUCUCAUCGUGAAUAAUCCAUUAAAUUGAUCCUCAAAAGCAAUUAAGUUCCAAUCAUAUUACAGAAACCAAAUGAUGAUUAUAGCGGAGUCGAUCUAAUCCAUUUAGGAUAUAUAUCCUCGCCAAUUGACAAAUCUGAUCAAGAUGCUCUAAUAUAAAAAAUGAAUUCAGAGCUUAAAGAUCAAGAGAAGGACUUUAAUACAACCAUAUUGUAUGAACAGACGACCAUUUCGUUUUACGAAGAUGAUUAAUGA